CGUUACUGUCGUCCUUCGUCUUAAAUGCUCCCCCUCCAUUCACUUUCUUAACAGAGACAGAGAGAGAGAUCACCCCUCCUAAGCAAUGUCGACCGCAGCUUCCUCCACCUCCUUCACUUGCCACUCCCCGCUCAUUCACCGCCCAAAUGCUCCAUCCCGAAUCUCUGUCGCCGUCGCGAUUCCCAGGUGUCUGCUGCCGUUGCCGCAUUUGAAAACUAAGAGGAGGAGUUCAACCACCACCCAUUGCUCCGCCGACGCUGCGAAGGAUAAAGAUUCCACCCCCAUUGAGCUCAGAUAUGAGGCUUUUCCUACCGUCAUGGACAUCAAUCAAAUUCGUGAUAUUUUGCCUCACCGGUUUCCGUUUCUGUUAGUGGAUAGAGUGAUUGAAUACAAUGCUGGAGUUUCAGCUGUUGCAAUCAAGAAUGUCACCAUCAAUGAUAAUUUCUUUCCUGGGCAUUUCCCCGAGAGGCCGAUUAUGCCUGGUGUUCUCAUGGUUGAGGCAAUGGCACAGGUUGGUGGCUUGGUUAUGCUACAACCUGAAGUGGGAGGUUCUCGUGACACUUUCUUUUUUGCCGGAAUUGACAAAGUUCGAUUCAGGAAACCAGUGAUCGCCGGUGACACAUUAGUGAUGAGAAUGACGCUUAUUAAGUUGCAGAAACGCUUUGGAAUUGCAAAGAUGGAAGGCAAGGCCUACGUUGGAGGUGAAGUCGUAUGUGAGGGAGAAUUUCUGAUGGCUACCGGUACCGGUGGUGACUGAUCUCAAUAUUUUCGGUAAUUUCAUUGCUAAAAUUGGUUUCAUGUGUUCUUCACUUGACUCAUACUAUUUUUUCUUCUCGCUUUAUUUUUUAGAAUAAUACUUGGCUAUUCAAAGAUGGGUAGGAACUCUUACUCAAAAUUCUUAAUAUUUUAAUCAUAAAGCUUUGUGCUUAUGAUCAGAACCGUUCAUAAUAUGAAUUACAUUGUAAAGAUCAUCUCUGCAAAAAAUAAAUUAAAACUAAGGUCAUUUAGUCAAUCUAUUGUAGCAAAUACAUAAACAGUUUGUAAUGUUUUUACCAAUACCGUUCAUUUGUUUUUAAACAGUAUGAUAACUAAACAACCUUAGUUUUAAUUGAUUUUUUGAGGUGACCUUUAUAGGGUGAUUUAUAAUAUGAACGGUUCUGAUUAUAAACACGAAGUUGUACAAAUUGACAACGAACAAUUUUGAGAAAUUUUGAGUAGGAGUUCUUACUCAUCUUUGAGUAGCCAAGUAUUGUUCUAUUUUUUAUCCUCUCUUGCGUGUAAACGUUUUGGCAGUUCAAAUUGUGUUUAAGAGAUUUUUAUGGUUAA